AUGUUAGAGCUAAAGACUACUCGUCGUAGAACGCCAAGAAUGGCUCGUAUGGUAGCGCUCUUUGCGCUAGCCGCGUGUUUAACCUUCCUUGGACAGUCAUACCUGGUGCAGGCACGCGUAAUCGUCAGGCGACAGGCCGUGGAGGAUGCCACGGAGGUUUUACCAACGGCAACAGUGGAUCCGGUGGAUGAUCUGACAACCAUCAUCCCGAGUGCGGAUGAGAAUGCAAACAACAAGGUGGCGACGACUCCACCUCGACCGAAUGAUCGCUUCGAACAGUUUCCAGCUGACGGAUUGGCCUCAGACGGUUCCGAUGGUUCGCUUCUUUCCGCGGGAUCCACAUCUGCCGACGAAAGUGACGUCAGUUCCGGUUCGUCCCUUUUAGACACCGCCGAACGGCAAUCAAGCGGCAGUGUGGACGAAGAUGAUAGCGCCUCAGUAACGACGGUGGCGCCAUCUGGCGAAGAAUCAAUGUCGCGAGACACGUCCAGCACGGACGAAGACAGCAGUGCGGCCCUAAGUGGCUCGUCGUUGAGUACGAACGAAUCGGAAAUCUCCGCUAGCAGGCAACAAUCGGAACCGGACGAAUCGGCCACCAGCGAGGACUCCACGGAGACACCCGUCGGAAAUGGUGUAGCUUCGUCGGAGCCUUCCAUCGUCGUUGCUAGUGCCAUUACGACGCCAGCACCAACGGUUGCCCCUCCGGAUCAAGUGUCCGAUUCUGGAAGUGGAAAUCUAAGCUCAUCUUCUGAGCUGCGCUCGUCGGACGAAUCUCAACUGUCGUCCUCAUCCGUCAGCAGUGCGCAGGAACAGAGUGAAAGUAGCUCCACAGCCGAGCAGGAUGGAGCACCGGAGCCAGAAAAAACUAACCCUGAGGUCAGAGUUGCUGAUGAAGAUGCUACGGCCAUUGCUACAGCCACUGGAGAUGCGGACGAACCCACAACGGUUCCUGCCAGUGCCCAGGCCGAACCCGAAACCGACACAUCAGCUCCCAGCGAUUCCAACAGUGGUCCAUCGGAUCCGGAACGUCCCGACCGCGAGCCUUUAGGCUUAAGUAGGUACACGGCACCAGCAAACACUUCCGAGGAUGGCGCAGAUUCCUCGAUCGAUGCCUCCGCUGCCAAGGACUCGUUGUCCGCUAAGGAUCUCACUACGGAGGACGUUUCAUCGACGGGCGUGACAAUACCAGCGGUUGUUGCCGAAUCAGAAGAUGCUUCCAAUGGAAUCGCACCCGAGCGAUCUGCUGAACGGUCACAACUUGAAAUUAACACCUUCGAAGUGGCCUCAAACGAGCUCGAACGCAACCAAACACAACGUGCCGUCAACGCAACCAACGCCGGUACGCUGGUGAGCCGUACCAAGAAGGGCAAGUUCCUGGACCAGUUUAACGAGGAAACGACCGAAGACAACGACAUCAACCUGCCAAACGGUGCGGCUUGGGCUCUGGCCGGUAUGCGCAUGGUUGACCGGAAGCAACCCGACGCUACGGAAGUGACGGCUGAGUCGGUGACGCGUGACGACAGCGAGAACGUGGUCGCAAACAACACGCUCAAGCAGCUGAUGGACUGGGCCAUGAUCAUGCAGGAGGCAGACUUCGCCAACAGCACGUUCGUGCGAUCGACGGUGGCGUCAGAUGAGCCUGGCACGGCGAAGGAUAGGCGUACGUACGCCAACAAGGCCCCAUCAGGGAUGGCCGAUGCUGAGGAUGGUCUAGGUGAGGAGAACCGGCUGCCGGGCGUGGCGACGGAGGUACCUCGAAUUGGAGAAGAAGCCGCUCCAGUUACUGAGGCGGAAGAUGCGAACGUUCUCGAUACGACGUUUGUGCCAUCGACUGAACAACCGGGCCGGGGCAGUUUGGAGCUGGAGGACUUCAAGUUUGAGGAUCGUCCUUCUGCUGGAACUGCCACCAGAGAAAACGUUGGGUCAAAUAUGUUGGCUACCACGACUCGACGCACGUACGCAGUGAGCGAGAACGUCGACGAGAGUGAACUAACGGCAGGUGGAACUCGGAUCCGGAACACACCGGAGUUGCGUGUCACGUCGACGACCACUACUCAGCGAUCGGACGUGAACACUGGCAUCUUCGAGGACGUUCCGGUGACGACGUACUCACCCGCGGCAUCCGGGAUCUUGCGGAGAACUGAGCAGACGACCCGACCUGUGCCUCUUACCACUAUGGUGCCUUUUGUGAGACGUCUCGUGACCACAACGGACGUUCCGAUGAGGGACAUCACUACGACGCUUUCACCAACGACGACUGCCGGUGCGGCACUCCGAGAGGAUGUAGCCACGAAGGCGUUGGAUCUGGAGGAAUCCACAGAUUCGUCCGAAGUGAACCGCAAUCUGUUGAACCGGACCGACGAAAGACCGCUUCCGGUGACGACUGUUGCUCCGGGAGCAAGUGUGACAACGAUGGUACCGAACCACCUGUCAUCGAGCGUGACACUGACGAACUCGGUGGAUAGUGGUGACUCCUCUCCUGGUGAGAACCUGAUAGGACAGGCCAGUGUCACUACGGAUCGUUCGGAUCAGACAACCACCGAGGAGAACACCGAAGAUGCCAGGGUACCGAUUGUGAUGGAAGACAAGCGCGUCUUCGAGACAACCACGACAACGGUUCCUACACCGACGACUACGCGGAUGGUGACAACUAGCACGCAAGCACAGACCACCUUCAACGCUGGGUCAAUCGCUGGAGCAAUGUCAGAGGCGUUUACCACUCGCCGGACGAUCGAUCGGUCAAUGACAACGACGGAGCUGUCGGAGGAAGAGUCGGUCACCGAGGAGGACUACAUCGAGCUGAACAACGCACCCGGAUCUUCCAGUGGACAGGGCGACCAAAAUCAGACCGGUCGCACGGAGCAAGAAGUGCCACGACAGACCAACGGAACGACGGAGCAGUCGCAGGGAGAACCUGCCGCUGAAGAGGACAACAGUGUCGUUGUAGCCGUGGUGGCCAGUAUCGUGAGCGUGAUCGUGGUGCUGCUGUUGAUUGCGGCUUUCAUGUACUAUCCGCCGUUGCAGAUCGUGUUCCGUAAGCGCCAGAACCAGGUUUCGUACGGCCAGAGGUGCCGCCCGGUCGGGUUGGACGCGUACAGUCUCGACAAUGUGUCCGUGUAUAACAGUGUACGCCGGAAGGGCAACACGGCACGGAUGUCCAAGCGCUCGUAUGGCAACUCCGCAUUUGAGGAUCCGAACUUCAAGACAAACCCGCUGACGGUGGCCGAGUUGGCCAACAUCAUCCACAACAAAACGGCCAUCUACGACGAGUUCAAGGAGAUCCCCAACGUGACGGCCCGUGCCGAUGAGGUGCCGGAAGGUUGCGAGGACAAGAAUAGGUAUGCCAAUGUGGUUCCACUACCGGAAACGCGUGUUCACCUGAAGCGUUUAAACGACGACGAAAAGACGGAGUACAUCAAUGCCAACUUCGUAAAGGGCCCGAAGGAUUCUGCCAACUACUACAUCGCCUGCCAGGCGCCGAUGGAGAACACGAUCAACGACUUCUGGCGCUUGAUCUGGGAGCAGAACUCGAAGGUGAUCAUCAUGGCGACGGAUCUGAGCGAGAACGGUGUUGAGAAGUGCGCGGAAUAUCUGCCUCCGUCGGUGGUUCUGGACAACAGCCGUACGUUUGGUGAUUUCCAGCUCACAUUGAAAAAUCGCGAAAACAAGGAGAAGUACACAAUCUCGACGGUGCACAUGCGCCACACGCCUAGCAACAAUCUGCGGGAGAUCAUGCACUUCUGGUAUCAGUGGCCGGACACGGGUGUCCCGAUCGACGAGUCUUCUAUCAUUGGCAUGCUGUUAGAGGCACGCACCUACCUCAAGCUGUCUCCCUCGGAGUUGGCCGAAUUCGCCACCAUCGCGGAGGAACCGGAAGAAUCGCCCAAAGCCGAGCCGCAGACCGCGCCAGGUGGAGCCGAAAAUGGCGCUAACAAUAACAACAAUAAUAACAACAACACCGCCAAUGGUACGGCCGGUGCGGGUAAGGAACCGAUUAGUAUCGUCAGCAAUGGUGGCACGAACACGAUGGACAAGCACAAGUCGUUGCAGCGAACUCAGGGACCGCUCACCGUACAUUGCUCACCGGGAACCGGCCGCACCGGGACACUGGUGGCAUGCGAUAUCGCACUACGCCUGCUUGAGGUUCCUCCACGGACGGUGGACCUACCGCAGAUCGUGUACUACGUGCGACGAGGCCGUGCCAGUGCUGUCCGAACACGGGAACAGUACGAGCUGGUUUACAGGGUAGCCAACGUGUACGCCACCAAGCUGACGGGACCGACCAUAGAAACAUAG